AUGAACAGAAGGAGGGACGACACGUACCAGUACCAGUCCCUGCCCCUGGCCUACCCCUCUCCUGCACGGGGCGUGCUGCAACAGCCGGUGCCCCACCACCACCAACCACCACAGCACCAGACACAGCAACACCGGCUGCUGUCGGGGAAGGCGAGCGGGACGUGGGCCGAAGAGUGGGUGGACGAGCUCACGAAGGCGCUCCCCAUGCGGGCGGCCUUCUACCACCACGUCGCCUUCUCCGUGCUCACCUCCCAGCUGCCCCGCCUCGACUUCGACCUCUGCGAACCCAUCCCCUCCGGGGUGGGUUGGGCCUGCAUGGGCGCGUGCGCGCUGCUGGCCUUCGGCUAUUCCUACUUCGUGGAGGGCGCCGUGCUGUGGGCCAUCUUCAGUCUCCUCUUCUACGCUCUCACUCUCACUCUACACUCGAUCGAGUGUGGCGAGACAUUCGCCACUAACGUGCGGUUGUGGAAGUGGUGGCUCAAGCGGGGAGGCCAUGCAGGCGACCUGCGCAAUCUCAACACGCUGGACGAUGACCUCGACGUGUUCAAGACUGACAUGUGA